AUGCAAUUGAGCGCCCAGAAAGUUGACUUUAACAUGAACCCUGUAGAAGUGGUUUUCAAUAUUACAACAGAAGCAAAGCUCAUGCACACUUGCAGGACGUAUAGCAGGAUACUUCCAUGUUUUGAUCAGAAAAUGGUACAAUGUGGAACUCCAUCCGAAAAAAUGCAACUGGAACGUGGAAAACGUCUUCACACCUAUUUCUGUGCUCCAUUCUCCCUUCAACGCCAAAAGAUUUUCUUGAGACGAAGCAAAUGUAUACAAGAAGUAUUGGCUGAACCACAAACUGCUGAUUGUAAUAGGAAUGACACAAUUUUCGCAGAUAAAUUACAGUCUUGCAAAGAAAUGUGUACACGUCCGGAUUGUCUUACAAAAAUUGAACUUUCUGAAGCAUCUACUUGCACCUAUAUAAAAAUUGGGCAAAAGUGUACCACUGAAGCAGCACAGUUCUUCGGACAAAUGCAACAGGUGCUAACCAACAAAGAAUAUCCAAUGCAAUGUCAAUACGAUUUGAGUCGAAAACCGGAACCCGAACUUAGGAAGGGACUUCCUGUAGAGUCGCUGAUUGCGCAAACGACCUCUUCUACCACCUAUGUGACUGUUCAUCCGCCAGAACUUCCUCCAGUGAUAGAUGGAAUCAUCACGCGUACUAGUCUUCCUAUUAUGAGACGAACUGAUCCUCACUCUAAAAAUAAGCCGAGACCAACAGUGUCUCAAUCAGCUGGACCAGUUAUCAAAACGGUGUUUGUUGAUGAACGGGGAGCGCCAAUGGCUCCAAGGACAACAACAACAACGCAGAAGCCAAAAAUUGUGCAUAAAUUUCUACCAAAUCCAUAUACCACUAAGAAUCCAAAUACUCUGAAAAAUGAUAUUGUGAGAACAACACGAACUAUCAUCCCAGCAGGUGAUAAACCAACUCAAACCUAUGUUCCAUGGAACUACAAAGCUGAUGCAGUUCAGAAAAAUGAUAUACAGGUUUCAACACUGUCUAGUUUAUUGGCUCCGGUUGUUAAACCUAAUGAAAAUGUGCUCGCUGCUCCUCCAGUUUCCUUUAAUUUCAAAAUGACACCCGAGCAAAAUAUUACACAACCAUUGAGAGUAGAAAUCAAUUGGCAUGAUGACGGAGUGAAGGAGGAGCCAACUCAAGCUCCAGGAAUGUACGUUUCACCAUGGUUCAUACAAAACCCGUCAUUUGUUCCACCGGAGAUUGACUUUACACGAACAACCACUACACCGUCCCCGUCUCCAUUAGAAGCGGUGAACCCGCUGCUCAACCAGUUGAAAUCCAAUUCUCUAAACUUCACGGAACUCGGAAAUCAGGCAAACAACUAUUUCUCGGCCGCAUUAAGUGCGUUCGCGGAAACAAAGAAGGAAAUGGCACACAAUGACCCAUGGAGGACAUUAAUAGACGCGGUGGCCCCUACAAUCCACAAAUUCUCUCCAGAAAUGAUUCCACGAAUUCGGGAAGAGAUUAACAGAAUCCAGCCUCAGCAACGAAAACAGUAA